CCCCGACCCACAUGCUCCCUAUUUACCUCCGCGUCGUUAAUAAACGAUUUUCCCCCAAUUUCCGUCGGUUCCCCCGGCAUGCUGAUCGACGUUAUCGCCGGCGCCGCCGCGCGCCCAGCCCACCCGCCGUCAUCCCCUCGGCCGGCGAUCUGAGUCAGGCAACGCCAAAGGUGCGUCAGGUGUCGCCCGAACGCGCGAACCGCGACAGAACGAGGCUGCGCGCUCUGGCGCGUUUGGCGCUUUUGGCCAUUUUCGAGCCGCGCUGUGCGGGAAUGGGGGACGCUCGAGCUCGCGGCUGACAGAGGACACCGCCCCUUUUCCCUCCUUUGCAUCUUCCUUCACACUCCCUUCCCAGCUCAAUAGUCUCCACCACGAUGAGCGCGACACCGACGUGUGCCCUUCGACAGCAGCCAGGAGACACGGGCGCGGAAGCCGCCGGCUCAGAGAACCCCACCUCGCCAGCCGAAGUGCGAGGGUUCGAAUCAGACGAGCUCAAACCGCUCAAAGUCGCUCAGCUCCGAGCUCUCAUCAAGAACCAGCUCGACAAUCUCAAGGCGCCUUUGCCGCCGUCCUUGAAGUUCAACAAGGCACCCAAACGAGCCCUCAUUGAACUCCUCACCAAUCCGACGUAUGGAUUCACGACACGGAAGCCCAAGCUCGUCUUCAAUCGCGGGAUCGGUGUACAGACGCAAAAGAAGAAAAAUCGAACACGACGCAGCGAUACGAACGCAAGUCCCCCCUCCACGUCGCUAGCGACAGCAAUCUCGGCGCCUAUCAGUUCACAGCAUACCGGCGCUUCGCAACCCCAGGAACUCGGCUCCUCGCCCUCGCUUUUGUCGGCUGCAACUCAGCCGUCAUUGCACCAGGGCCAGAGCGCAAGCUCCGCAAGCGCGCAUGCGAGCAACUUCUUAGGGAACUUCGAUCAAAGUUCGUUCGGUGGCUUCUCGUUUGAGAACCUAUACGCUUUUGAUUUCCCUCCCGCGCGAAUUACGCUCACGCUGUACAUACUCGACGAGCGCAGCCCGGCACCCCUUCCCGACUUGGUGAAGGUUACGGUUAGCGUGGUGCGCAACCUGGCUGGCGGCGCAGUUGCCGACUGGCACGAGAUCAUCGGAGAAAUCCAGAAGACGGCGAGCGCGAUCCGUGGUAGCAACCUCAAGCUUUCGUACUCCCGCAGUGACAAGGACACCUACAAGAUUGCUAUCCUCCAAGCUCUUGCAUCGCCGGUUGACCAGGCCUCAAUUUUCGAAGCGGAAUUACUCGUCGAUGAAGCGCGGCCUGUGUACCGCCUUCAUGUUGAGCCCCUGAGUCCUACGUCUCCAAUCCCUCGCCGCGCGCCAACACCUGUUGUUGACGCCGCUCUCGAAACCUUAGAGCGUUAUUCGAGCUCUCAUCCGGGGAUGCGAACGAUGCCUCAACUACGGCAACGAGGCAAGUCUCGCGUUGUAGUUGAUGAAGAUGCAGCAGGUCGGGACAAGGACUGGCUUCGUGAUCAGGUGAGCAAAAGGGCCGGAUACGAGGUGAUGACGAAGAAGCACGACACGAAGAUGCCGUAUGCGGGUGUCGCUCAGCAAUGGGCCUUCGCAGUGUCGUGCCUUAACGAGCUUACCAGGCAACGAUUCCCUCAUUCGAAAGGGCAAAUAUAUUCGUACCACGUCUGGGACGCCCUCUCGCGCAAGGGAACCUGGUGUCUGGCCGCAAAGGAAGGUCACAGGCUCUACCGAGAAUAUGCUGAUCACCCGGAUGUUGUCGAGGCGGUGAAAGACACGUCGCGGAAGGGCCAUCUCGGCUUUUUAGCCUUGCUACGCCAAGUCGGAGGGGAGUAGCUCCCAGAUACUUCAACUCGAGUUAAUCCAUGUAUCUUGUACUUGUAAUCUGCGAUGGUUUGACAUGUUCCUAGUGCUUAAUGACACCACCCACUGAGAAACCC